GUGUUCACUGUUCAGUGUAGUCUCGUUUAACUUGAUGUUAGGAUGUGUACCGAAUAGUGCCUUUAUUUAUUUUAAUAAAAUAAUUCGACUUUAUUUUCUUUUAUAUACAAAAUGUUUUAUGCAUAGCUAAAGUUGAGUGUAAUAUUAUGAUAGUGUGAUAUAAAAAAACAAGCGAUUUGUGGCAAUAUGUAUAGGUGUUACAGUGUUUUUGUGCAUUGCCUUCUUGUGAGUUUAAUUUUAUUAGCUUUGACAAAGGACUGCGUCGAGUCUCUGGAACUAAGAAAACCGGCGGCGGAAUUUAGACGACACACUCUAGUCAGACCAUUACUGCAUCAUGCGAGAACGAAACGGCAGAUAACGUCUACUAAGGACACGGCGGGUAUUCACCAUCCCGAAUUGACGUUAACCAUAACUAAAGGAGAGGAAGACUAUGUGCUGGACCUUCGGCUGAAUGACCAAGUAGUCGCAGGUGAUCACGUGGUCAGCUACCAGAAAGAUGGGAAAACUGUACUACAUAAACCUAGCAGAGAGGAACUGAACAUAUGUCAAUAUAGGGGUACGGUAAGAGGCCGAGAGGGGAGUACUGUAGCGAUAUCCACCUGCCAUGGGUUUAGCGGAAUCAUAUUCGACGGCAAAAAGUUAAUGUACAUCGAACCGGCUGAAGAUAACAAUCUGGACUCCCAACACUACAUUUACGACCAGUCGGACUUGAAGAGCAACUUCAAAUGCGGCUACGAGGGCGGUGUGACCAGCAAUAAAAGCUAUGACCCGGAUCUAAUGGAGAAAUAUACUUCUGAGCAGAAUAUUAAAAAAAUUCGAGCAUCACGGUACAAGCGAGAGACAUUCGAAGACACCCAAGUCCGUGGACCAUUCAAUGCCAACAAGCUUUCACGAUACGUGGAACUCGUGUUGGUGGCUGAUAAUCGUGAGUUUAAAGUCAACGGAGAAAGUCUGGAGCUGCUGCACCAUAGGUUUAAAGACGUUGCCAAUAUUAUUAAUUCGGUAUACGCUCCACUAAAUAUUUUCAUAGCGCUAGUCGGUAUAGUGGUCUGGAGUGAGAGAGAUGAAAUCAAGCUAGAGGAGGACGGCGAUAAGACGUUGACUGCCUUUCUGCAUUACCGACGGGAUCGGCUUUUGAGGGAUAUACCGAAUGACAACGCCCAUUUGUUGACGCAGCAAAAAUUCAAGGAUGGCGUAGUGGGGAAGGCGUUAAAGGGCCCGAUCUGCACCUACAAUUUCUCUGGGGGUGUGGCCACGAACCACUCCAACGUUAUAGGCCUUGUAGCGACCACCAUUGCCCACGAAAUGGGGCAUAACUUCGGCAUGGAGCAUGACACGGAGGCAGAUUGCAAAUGCCCAGAUGAAAAGUGCAUUAUGAGCCCUUCCAGUACAUCUGUGACUCCGACGCAUUGGUCCUCUUGCAGCCUUAGAUCGUUGGCUUUAUCGUUUGAGAGGGGAAUGGAUUAUUGUUUACGGAACAAGCCAAAAAGUCUCUACUACUCGCCAACAUGCGGCAACGGCUUUCUCGAGCCGGGCGAAGAGUGCGACUGCGGUCUGAUCCCUUUGGCCGCGUGUACGUCCUGCUGCGAUCAUUACACGUGCACGUUGCGACCUAACGCUACGUGCGCGGUUGGAGAGUGUUGUAAUACGGAGACUUGUAGACCGAAGUCAGCUGGUACAGUAUGUCGCAGUGCAGACAAAGAGUGUGACCUACCCGAAUUCUGUACGGGCACUUCGGAGUUCUGCCCUAAAGACGUUUACAAGAUGGAUGCCACACCUUGUUCUGAUAAUCGAGCGUACUGUGUUCGUGGCUCGUGUCGUACUCAUACAGACCAAUGCAAGUUGCUUUGGGGUUCCACUGGGGAGAGCUCAGACCAGCGAUGCUACUACUCCAUGAACGUUAAAGGGGAUAAAAACGGAAAUUGUGGAUAUCGGCGCGAAGACACAUCAACAUUCUUCAGAUGUUACCCGCAGAACGCACUGUGCGGUCUACUGCAGUGCAAACAUCUCAAUGAGAGACUGGAGUUCGGCAUGGAGUCUGUCUCAUUGCUGUCUGCGACGUUCAUCAAUAAUAACGGCUCAAUUCUACCCUGUCGCACCGCCAUGAUUGAUCUUGGCCUCAGCGAUGUUGAUCCCGGGAUGGUCCCGGAUGGAGCCAAAUGUGGAGAUAAUAUGAUGUGUCUGAACACCAAGUGCGUCUCAGUAGAGGAUGUAAUAGCGAAUGUGGCAAAGAAGAAAACCGCAGACUGUCCGUCCAAUUGCUCCGGGCAUGGUGUAUGCAAUUCUGAAGGUCACUGCCAUUGCGAGCUCGGCUUUGCCCCACCACUUUGCGCUUUGCCCGGUCCAGGCGGCUCCUACGAUUCCGGACCUGCUACUGAUUCCAGUCUGCAAAGAAACUUCAUGGUGGCGAUGUAUGUCAUCUUCCUCGGAAUUCUGCCGAGUAUACUGGUCAUACUAUUCCUUAUGUACUACUCGCGACAUAACGUGCUGCACUGGUGGAAGAAACCGAGGAAAACGAUUCCAUCUCCAAAAAAAUCCAGUCUGCAACGUCGCUUAUCUAGAAGCGCCAGCAAAUUCGCAUCAAAUUUCCAAAACACCACUCCUAACAACGCCCAAGCUAUCAGCGUUCAUACUCUUUCAAAUCCAGAUGAUAUGAGCUCAUCCCUGUUACGCAGUGACUCCGAUCACAGCCCCGCCGGAAACGUCAACCCCUCCGUUACCUUCUUUGGGAAUUUUAAAGGCUUCUCCCUCACACCAUUGGACAAAAACAGUGAGAAUGACACAUCGACCGCCACCGAUCCGAAGAAGAGCGCAAAAAUUACUCCCGUCCAUAGAAGUGGUAGCAACAGUCAAAAUAUUGGCCAAUUAAAACCAGUCUUACGAUCAGCUCCACCGUUACCGAUCGUGCCAACCACUACCAGAACAAGCCCCAAAACUAGUCCGUCGAUAAAGAGAACUAAUAGUUCGGUACAAAAUCGCAUUAAAGCGUUGAUGAAUUCUGAAAAGAAUGACGAAGUUGUUAUAUCAAAUCCUGCUCCGAGGCCUGUUAUUUCCAGUCCCAUACUUGAAGCGUCGACUUGCACCGCUAAAGAACUAAUUUCCCCCCUUCAAGGGUCCAAAACAUUAGGUCCAAUACGUGCAGCUCCAACCGUCCCAACUAUGACUCCAGAUUUACCUAAAAGACCUCUAAGCAUGUAUUCUGCAGGAAAUGUGCCGCAAAAACCAUUACCAGAAGAACCCAAAAAGGUUAAAGAAGGCAUAUCUUUGAAUAGAAUUGCAUCAUUCCUGAAACACGAUAAGCCGAAAGAAAAAGAACGAAAUCAGGUGGAAAGGAGUCAUUCGUUACCAAAAAAUCCGAACCAUCUAGUCAAAGUACCGAAAGCGGUAGAAAAGGUAGCUUUACGGAAUUUGCAAAUAUCAAACCCGAUUUUACAAAAGGGUAUUGAAUUGCCGAAGGGUUCAGUUCCUGUUGUAUCCGACUCUGACGACGCUGAUGACUCUAAAGCCUUUGUAAAUCGAGCCCAAAGUAUGCGAGCCCCGGCAUCUCAGAAACCAACCCUACAGACAUUUGCAUCGAUGAGGCAAGCACCGGGUGUACCGCGGCCCUUAUCUGGAGUCGGUAGACCUACAGCUCCACCUCCACCUUUGCCUAGUUCGGAAAAAGAAACUUCAAUAUAUCAAAGCCCUAAACCGACCGAAAUUAGAUCAACAGACUAUGUUGACUGUAUAGAAGAAAAGUCAGCUCCUUUAGCCCAUAUUGACGAAGAAUCCAGCGACAAUAUUUACGCUAUUAUCGAAGAGAGCCCAGAAAAACACGCGAAAAACUUUCCUGCCGUUUCUCAUCCGAUAAAAACGGCUCCCCAGGAACCGCCCGUCGGUUACAAUACACCGAAACCUAUAACUUCUAAUUCUGGAAGCACGGAAAGCAUGGGCUUACUCGGAGAAAUAGUCAACGAAAUACAAAAUCGUAACUUCGACUCCAUCUACUCGACGUCAACCCUUGCGAGAAAAAAGGAGAAAGAGAAGAAAAAUGCACAGAAUAGAGAUAGCACGUACAUGAAUACUGAUUACAAGACGCCAGAGAGCGUCUAUAGCAAUUCUGGUGCCAAGUCAACAACGAGUAGUGGUUACUUACACCCGUCAGCCGUCAACGUACCCACUCGUAUGCAAGAAGACGUCAUAGAAAAACCACCCUCCCCCUCCUUGAAAGUUAAUUCAAAAAUACCUACUUUCUCCAGACAAGUCACCCCACCGGGCUUGAGAUCAACUAGUACGUUUAAAACUGUACCAUCCUCGCCAAAAGCGAUUUCAAAAAAUAUUCCCCCAAAAAAUACCAACAGCCCUGACGUUGUAUCAAGUUGUGUAGAUACCAAAAAUAUUAAGGCCCCCGACGUGAUCAACAAUAACAAGGUUGAACCGCCAAAAGUCGCGUCUAAACCUAGUGUAACUAAAACUGAUAAUCGACCACCUUUAAAACCUACGCCAAUGGAGAAAAAACAGACAACAAAACCUGUUUUAAAGCCAGUCAACUCUGCCUCUAAUAUAAAAGGCGUAGACAAAAAUCCAAUUAGUAGGGUCAAUUCGAAAACAGACUCUGUUAAAACAAUAGCGGAUAAUUUAAAUAAAAAUCGACCGAAAGUCGUACCGAAACCGAGUAAUUUAGUUCAAAGAACAGAUUCAACUGUAAAAUCGAAUUCAACGAAACUGAUGUCGAAACCGUCUAAUGUUGCCAGUUUACAGCAAAAAUUUGAAAAUAGAAAGUCAAUAGGCAAAGAAAUUUCCACUGGAAAACAAUAGCUAUGGUUAUUUUUAUGAGAGUAAUUAUGGAACAAUAUUUUUUAUAUUUUCAUGAGAAGGAUUUCAGAAAGUUUUUUAAAUGAAUGGAUUUGAUUCAUUAUUGUAUGGAUUAUAAAAAUGAAAAAUUAAGACUGUUGUGUGAUGAAAUUACUAAAAUUAUACUACAAUUAAGUUAUGAUAUGCAGUUGUAGAAAUUCUAGUCGAGUGUAUUUUUUAAAUUCAGUUUAGCAGAUGACUUAAUUUUUUGACAUAAUAAUAAUUUUUCAUUAACUUGAAGUACUUGUUUUUGGCCGCUUAUAAAUUUAUCUAUAAACGGAAGCUUUUGCUUUAUAGUUAUUCUUAUUAAAAUAAAAGUGUUCAUAUUUUGAUAUCAAAAGCCGUAGCCGUUUUAGUGAAAUUUGUAAUAAGUUUGUACAUAUUAGAUAAGUAGUAGUAUAAUAGAACCAAAAGACGAAAUAAUUGUGACCCUCGAGGAAUUGCACACAUGAACUGUUUUACAGGUUUAGACAUUACAUGGAGAUUUCGUUCUGUUUCCAUAUAAACUAGUCUCCUUAUUUUAAAAUUUAACUUGGUUUGGAUAAAAUCCCUUAACUGGCAAUGUUUAAUAUUUCAAUUCUUUACAAGCUUGCGUUAACGUAUACGUAAUAUAUUAUAUUCUUAAGGUCCUAACAUCAUGUGUUGCAAUACCUUUCAUAUGGAUCUCUGUAUAUAUUCCUCGUAGGUAUAACGAAACGUUAAGUGUCUUAAAGUACGAUUGAUUUGUAUUUUUAUAUAGAAGAGUGAUAUGCGUGUUGAUAUAAUAAAAGAUAAUUAUAUUAUGGUGCUAGCACAGUUAACCAGAGAUUUAAAAAUGUAUUAAAGUUACAAGUGUUGUAUUUAUUUCAUUUACAAUUUCGAUCGCAGGAAAAACGACAAUUUUUACAGGAAAUGGGCAAAUUUGCUUCAAAAUUAUUACAAGAUUUUGAUAAUAUUAGGGAAUAAAUCUUGCCUCCGAAUUGUAUGAUACAGAAGGUAACUAUAUUUUUAAAUCUCUGGUUAUAUAAUUUGACAGCGUAGAAAGUUAGUACAACAGAGAUAAAGGCGCUCACACAUUAUUGGAAAAUUCUUGUUUAGUAUUUGCUUAUAUUACCUAUACUAUUUACUGAUAGAGCAAUGCAAAAACUUUUUAAUAUGUGUUAUGAUAUUGUGUGUUCACAGUCAUUACGUUUUAUUCCCAUAUACAAUUACACCGAGAAGCAUACAAAAAUGGCUUAAUAUUUUAUCUUGUUUGGUUGAAUAUAGGAAUAGAAUGUGCCAUUCGUCCAUAUUAUGUAAAUUCACUGCCAGUGUACAAAGUUGGUGCUCUUUAAGAAAGCAAUAGAACAUAGAAAUGUUUAUCAGAAUUCAUUAUGAUAAAAAUGCGAUAAAGUAUAGAAUAGUUACAUUCUCCACAAACCAUUAUUAUAAGUCAAAUAAUUAACAAUAAGGUGAGAAGUAGAAUAUUGACAAGCCUUUGGCAUAGUUUCUGCUAGUUAAUCUUGCUAUUGCUAAACAUAUUUUAAAAAUUUCUUAAGAUUUCAAAUUAUUUAAUACAUAAGCCAUAUGUACAUAUGCAUUACAGUAGAUAGGUACAUAAUUGGUUGUGUUAUAUUUUCAUUUGAUAUUUAUUAUUUCUAAUUUUUACAAGUCUAGCUAUCUACUUAUCUUAAUCUUUUUUUAAGUACAUAAUUUGUAAAUACAACCAAAGAAAUUGUAUUUAAGAGUGAUUUUCGACUAGCAUUUGUGGAAAGUAUUCAGUGUUGGUAGCAAGUUUGACUUUUAUUUAUAAAGAAGACUGUUAUUAUUUGGCACCUUUUGUCACAAAGUAGUGACAUAAUUUUGAUUAGCUUAUAAUUAUAUUCAGCAAUAUAAAAUGAUUUAUUGAAA